CGGGCACCAGGCCCGGGGAACCCAGGAGGCCCCUGGGGAAGGGAAAUGGCUGUCGCCGAGACCUGGAAACCCGGCCCUGUGGGCCCCGAAGGAGCCGGGAGAGGGAGGGGGCGCCCUGGAGUUGCAGAGAGGCCUGGCAAGGAGCCCGCUGUCAGGGCCAAGGCGCGGAGCAGUGGGGCGGGCGGCGCGGGCAGGGACGCACGCGGGAAUCGAGGCAGGGUGGCGCCACUGGAGCAGCAAGGGGACAGAUUCACAUAUGAAGAUUAUCAGACCACGGCACAGUGGCUUCUGUCCCACACCGAGCACCGGCCUCAAGUGGCAGUGAUCUGUGGUUCUGGGUUGGGAGGUCUGGCUGAUCGAGUAACUCAGGCCCAGAGCUUUGACUACAGUGAGAUACCAAACUUCCCCCGAAGUACAGGUACUGGCCAGGGGGAGGGAGGGAGGGGACUGAGGGAUAUUGAUGCGAUUCUGAUGGGAGGGCAAUGCUUCUGUGCCUGGACCUGGUUAUUCUCUAUAGCACUUGACUAUGCAGCAUUCAUGGAAAAAGCAGUGCCUGUAACCUCCCAGGACAAGGUCAGGCCGUCCUUGUCCUCCUGCCACUCCCAACCUCCCAGCUCCAGCACCAGUCCUAGGAUGAGGCAGACGCUGGUGUGCAGCAACAAUGGGCAGACAGACUGCCGUGUUCUUGCAGACAAAUACCCAGAUAUCAUGCUGAUCCGUGAUCACAUCAACCUGCCUGGUUUCUCUGGUCAGAACCCUCUCAGAGGCCCCAAUGAUGAAAGGUUUGGAGUUCGUUUCCCUGCCAUGUCUGAUGCCUAUGACCGGGAUAUGAGGGAGAAGGCUCAUGUUGUCUGGAAACAAAUGGGGGAGCAGAGAGAGCUGCAGGAAGGCACCUAUGUGACGCUGGCAGGCCCCAACUUUGAGACUGUGGCAGAGUGUCACCUGCUGCUGAAACUGGGGGCGGAUGCUGUUGGCAUGAGCACAGUUCCAGAAGUGCUAGUUGCAAGGCACUGUGGACUUCGAGUCUUUGGCUUCUCCCUCAUCACCAACAAGGUCAUUACGGAUUAUGAAACCCAUGAGAAGGCCAGUCACGAGGAAGUACUAGAGACCGGGAGACAAGCGGCACAGAAACUGGAACGGUUCGUCUCCAUUCUUAUGGCCAGCGUUCCACCUCCUCGCAAGGCCAGUUAACCAGCCCUGGAGUGGUUUGGCCUCCCCCUCAUGGCAUCCAAGUAGCUGCUACCUGCCUUGUCCCUUUGCUGUGUCCUGUGCCUCUGCCCUUAGGCAGUAGCAGACCAGAAAGAAAGACCCCUAUCGUUCACUUUCCCCGCUUCUCCCAGCAGACCUUCUGGUGCUGGGUCCUCU